AUGGGGGAUGAAAGGCAUGUGAUUGAGUUCAUUUUGUUUGGGUUGACACAGGAUGCAGGAAAGCAGAAAGCAAUAUUUGGGGUCUUCCUGAUUCUUUACCUUGCGACACUGAUGGGGAACUUUCUCAUUGUAGUGACCAUUAAAACAAGCAGGACCCUUGACAGUCCCAUGUACUUCUUCCUGUUCUAUCUGUCCUUUGCUGAUGCCUGCCUCUCCACAACCACAGCUCCCAGAUUGAUUGUGAACGCCCUUUCUCAGAAGAAGACCAUCUCCUACAAUGAGUGCAUGACUCAGGUCUUUGCAGCCCAUUUCUUUGGCUGCAUGGAGAUCUCUGUGCUCCUCCUCAUGGCCUUUGAUCGCUAUGUUGCCAUUUGUAAGCCUUUGCAGUACACAACCAUCAUGAGCCAGCGAGUCUGUGGUGUGCUGGUGAUUCUGGCUUGGGUGGGAUCUUGUAUCCACUCUUCAGCACAGAUAGUACUAGCUUUGCACUUGCCUUUCUGUGGCCCCAAUGUGAUUGACCACUAUUUCUGUGACUUGCAGCCCUUGUUGAAACUUGCCUGCAUGGACACUUACGUGAUAAAUUUGCUAGUUGUUUCUAAUAGUGGGGCCAUUUGCAUGGUGAGUUUUAUAAUCCUGCUUAUCUCCUAUGGUGUCAUCUUGUACUCUCUGAGAAACCACAGUGCAGAAGGAAGGCAAAAAGCCCUUUCCACAUGCACCUCCCACUUUAUUGUGGUUGUCAUAUUUUUUGGCCCGUGUAUAUUCAUAUACACACGCCCACCGACCACAUUUCCAAUAGACAAGAUGGUGGCUGUGUUUUAUACAAUUGGGACACCCUUGCUCAACCCUCUGAUCUAUUCAUUGAGGAAUGCAGAAGUGAAAAAUGCCAUGAAAAAAUUAUGGUGUAGCAAAGGAUGA